UUAUUGUUUCAAGUUUCAAUUGUAGUUAUAUUAAUCAAGAAUGAGAAAGUUCAGGCAUUGUAGAUUAUGUAAAUUAAUCUUAGGAUUAGCAAUAUUAUAUUUGCUAUACAAGAUCUGUAACUAUUAUUUCAGUGUAAGAUUUGCGAACACUGACACGAGUUUGCACGGCAGUAAAGAAAAGAUAUUCUUAUGUUUGGCGGUGUGUGAGUCUAGGUUUGAAGAAGCAAUAAUUGCUAUUAAGUCAUUGUUGUUAUUCACUAAAAAUCCAGUCCAUUUUAUUAUAUUUACUGAAGAAAAAUUAAAACCUAAGUUUACCGAGAUACUAAAUCAGUGGAUAGGCAGUCCAAGUACUCUGUUUUAUUUUGAUUUGAAAAGCAUUAAAUUUCCUGAUGCUCAUAGAGAUGUGUGGCUUAAUUUAUUUCUCAGAUGUUCUGCUCAAAGACUAUUUUUGCCGGAUCUAUUACCAGAAAUCGAUGCUAUGAUAUAUGUAGAUACAGAUACUUUAUUUCUUGGGCCGAUUGAAGAUCUAUGGAGUUACUUUUCUAAAUUCAACAGCUAUCAGCUGACUGCAAUGGUUUUAGAAGUUGAGAAUCCGAACGCCUCAUGGUACCCGCGUUUUGCUAAACAUCCAUUCUAUGGAAAAACUGGCCUAAAUUCUGGUGUAAUGUUGAUGAAUUUAACUAGGAUGCGAGAAUUCGAAUGGGUGUCUUAUCUGACCCCAAUCAUGAUGAAGUGGAAACUGAAUAUCCCAUGGGGUGACCAGGAUAUAAUCAAUAUAAUAUUCCACUACCACUCGCGUGCAGUGUACGAGUUGCCGUGCCGAUACAACUACCGCACGGACCAGUGUACGUACGGGGACGCGUGCGCGGGCGCUGUGGCGGAGGGGGUGCGGCUGCUGCACGGCAGCCGCCAGGCCUUCCACGGGAAGGAGCCGGCCUUCCAAGCAAUGUAUCAAGCGGUUGCGGAUCAUGAACUUGGGAGAGAUACACCAGAGGAAUUGUUAAACAAUAUGGAGAAAUACUUCGCAAACGCGGUUUCGACCAAAUGUGGCAGAUUAAAGGAGGCAUUCUUCAGAGUGCCUAUCCAGACGUUAAGGCGCUACUAGUCGCACACCAGCACCAUCAGCACUUUUUAAUUAUAUUCUUAUAUUUCUUAGCGAAAAAUAUAAGAAAUAUCUUAACCGAUAAUGCCACACUGGAUAAAUAAUUUUAGUAGAAAGUAUUAUAGGUUUCUGUUAUACAAUGUGGUCACAGUUCACUAAAUGGAUUUUGGUCAACUGUGACGAGCUACAUCGUGUAAUGAAAAGCUAUAAUUCUUUCUAAUAAAAUUAUUUAUAUUAUUUAUAUUUUAGCAGAAUUUGGCAAUGACAUUUUUCACUAAGAAAUAAAAAUGUACCUAACGGUGGCGCUAGUGUGCGGCUGCACAGCACCUUAACAGAGUUAUAUUCCAAACCGGAGAGGUAGCGAUAGUAAUAGGUAGUUAGUAUAUUAUGUGUAAUUUUUAUAAAGCAAUAUUCAUAAUUUUCAUAACAAUGAAGACGUAUAAGUGAAUCAGUUGUACCACAUAGUGGUUUUUCUGUAUAAAAUCACCAACUCUGCCGUAACAAACAUAACGCGCGCCAGGCGGCGCCCGCUUUUACGAUUGUGCUUUAAUACUUUUGUUGAAUUUCGUAAAGAAUUGAAUAAGGAAUUAAGUUUUUAAGGAAAAUCCAGUUAUGGAUUGAUUUCGUGUCGAGAAUUCGAGAUGGGCUUACUGUGAGAUAGCUGUGGUAGUUUUGGUCUGGCCAUUUUAUGCGCCCCUUGGGCACCGUUGGCAUACUCCUAUGUAAGUCAAUGAAGCUAACCUUCUGGAGUGACAUAGGCAACUUUUUUAUUAUGGUUUUACCCGAGCGAAGCCGGGACAGACCUUUAGUGAGAUAUGAAUUAGAGAUAGAUAAAAACUUAAUAAGUAUUUUGUUUAUUGUUUGUUUUUACCAUUUACUAAACGUUGUCAUAUACUCACUACAAACACAUAAUUAUGUGAUAAAUGUCUUUAUUUUUAUGUCUUCCUAAUUUUAUGCUAAUUAAUAUAAAACUUACAUGUUAUUAGGUACCUAUUCUAAAUUUAUGAAGUUCAUAGAAUUGCGAUUCAUUAAAAAAACAUUUGUAUUGUAUGUAAAUUUUAGGCAAGUUAAAAUGUAUAAAACAUAUUUAAUAAAAUAAAUUAGACUAUAUUUACAGGGAUUUCGAAACAAACAAAUUCUUUUUGGCCUUCCAUUAGCGCCCAGUGAACUUUAGCUUGGAGUGUGGGAUAGAAGGAGAGGACGGGGAAGGAGUCCUUGUAGGUGUAGUUGUUGCCAGCUCUGAGGGGGCAGGCGGCCGGGCUGCCGUCCUCGUUGAAGAUCUUGCUGCAGAUGGACACGCCGUCCACGCCCACGAACGGCAACGGCACGC